GCGGAAGACUUUACAUGCUUCUUCACAAAGUCCGUGCAACCACAAGUGAGACCAACUAAAUACAUCUCGAGCUCUUUACGAAUAAAAACAUAAUACGGUUUCAAUAAAUUAUUAAACAAAAGCGCAAAAACAGUUCUACAAUGCUCAAAUUGGCAGUGAUAAUCUCGGUGUUGGCGGUUGCUUUGGCAGCACCCCUCGAUAACACAACUCCUAUUCCGAUCCUUCGGCAGAGUCAGGACGGUCCUAAUCCGGAUGGUUCGUACGCGUGGAGUUACGAGACUGGAAACGGAAUCCAAGCGGAAGAGCAGGGUCACUUGAAAAACGUUGGUACGGAAAAUGAGGCGAUGUCGGCUCAAGGUCGAUUCAGUUACACCAGCGAAGACGGCACACCAAUCGAGUUGACUUACAUCGCUGAUGAAAACGGAUUCCAGCCUCAGGGACGUCAUUUGCCAACACCGCCACCAAUCCCCGAAGAAAUUCUUCGGGCUUUGGAAUACAUCGCCGCACAUCCCGAGGAAAAUGACAUCGACGCGCCCAAGCAAUAGAACGGAUUAUUAAAUUUAAAUGUAACGAAGCAAUCGAGCCUCAAAUAAUUUAAUAAAAUCAACACGCACAUCAGUCUUCCGAUCGCCGCGAUUAUAGCGAAUUUUUAUCAUUUUUAUGAUGAAUUUCGUGUUGCGACACACGUUUUCCUGAGAUAACGUUUUCUUGUAUCUUGGGAAAAUGUCUCGCGCUCAGUUGAAAUUGUUUUAGAAAAUUAUUCAUUUUGAGUGAUCGAAUAGUUCAAAUAUCGAAUAUCAAUGGUAAGAGAAAAUACCAUAAAGCAGGCUUUCACGACUAAGUUAUUUUAUUUUUAUCAAAAUUUUCUUACUCGCAUUCAAUUCGGGAGAAUCCAGUCGAAUUUUAAACUCUCAUUAGAUACGAUACAAAUUGAACACUUCACGUGUUUAUAUUGAAUUAAUUUGUUUUUUUAUUAUCUGCUUAGACUGUACAAUCUGAAAUACGGAAUUUUGUAAAUAAAUUGUAGCUCGUACGCAUUUUAUUCGAUGCGAGCAUCGGGUUAAAACA